CCCGGAAGUUGACACGGAGCCCUGCAGCGCGUGCGGCUCGCCGCGGGGAGUCUGCGUCGCCGGCGCUCGCGGGACGGUCGCCAUGCCUUUGGCCAGAGAUCUUCUACACCCUUCCUUGGAAGAGGAAAAGAAAAAACAUAAAAAGAAAAGGCUGGUUCAGAGUCCAAAUUCCUACUUCAUGGACGUAAAAUGUCCAGGUUGCUACAAAAUCACCACGGUUUUCAGCCAUGCUCAGACCGUGGUUCUGUGUGUGGGCUGUUCCACAGUGCUGUGCCAGCCAACAGGAGGAAAGGCCAGACUCACAGAAGGCUGUUCAUUCAGAAGAAAACAACAUUAACCAUCUAUACAACUUGCUGAAUUUAUGUUUUCUCACAGAAAGCCUUAUCUUAAGUUCAGUUACUCUACCAAGACAAUGUAAUGUUUGGUUUUUUAAGGUAUGCAACAUCAAUCUCCUAUUUUGGUGUCAGUUUUUCAAUAAAGUUUUAAUUAUGGACAAA